AUUCGCUUAAGCCGGUUUUACGUUUCUUCUUCAAAGGGACCCUCUUGCCGCCUCCUCCCUUCACACGUCUCUCUCUCUCUCUCUGGAAUUUCCUUCUCCUCCCCUUCUUCUUUGAAUCCUCACAUAAACCCAUAUCCUCCCCACCUUGUACUGCCGUUAAAUUUCACCAACUGGGUUGUCGUUUCUUUUGGGUUCCGACUUUGGUCCUCAAGUUGUAACGCGGAACCAAACUUACCUGAAUUUGAACUUGAUCUCGUUAUCCAUCGAUCAUCACUCCCUUUUGUGUUCAUCGCAGAGAAUGCCCCACAACUCUUCGCCCGACCCCGACCCCGACGAUUCUGACACCGAGUAUAUUGAGGUCGACCCAUCUGGUCGAUAUGGUCGGUAUAAAGAGGUUCUUGGAAAAGGGGCAUUCAAAAAAGUAUAUAGAGCAUUUGACACACUUGAAGGAAUUGAAGUUGCUUGGAAUCAAGUUAAGGUUGCAGAUCUCUUACACAACUCCGAAGACUUGGAGCGGUUAUUUUCGGAAGUUAAUUUGCUUAAGACUCUUAAACACAAGAAUAUUAUUAAAUUCUACCACUCAUGGGUUGACACCAAAAACAAGAAUAUCAACUUCUUAACCGAGAUUUUCACUUCUGGGACGCUACGACAGUAUCGUAAUAAACAUAAGCGUGUUGAUUUGAGAGCAGUGAAGAAAUGGUCUAAGCAGAUCUUAGACGGCCUUAUCUAUCUUCACAGUCAUGACCCACCUGUUAUCCAUCGUGACCUAAAGUGUGACAAUAUUUUUGUAAAUGGAAACAAUGGUGAGGUGAAGAUUGGAGACUUAGGACUCGCAGCCAUUCUUCGUAAGGCUCGUUCUGCUCACAGUGUCAUUGGUACUCCUGAGUUUAUGGCACCAGAGCUUUAUGAGGAGGAAUACAACGAGCUUGUAGAUAUUUAUGCGUUUGGUAUGUGCUUGCUAGAGUUGGUGACCUUUGAGUACCCUUAUGUUGAAUGUUCGAAUGCUGCUCAGAUAUACAAGAAAGUGACAUCGGGAAUCAAGCCAGCAUCCUUGGCCAAAGUAAAGGAUCCUGUAGUCAAAGCAUUUAUUGAAAAAUGUAUUGCAAAGGUUUCAGACCGGUUGCCUGCGAAGGAACUUCUAGUGGAUCCUUUUCUCCAAUUAGAUGAAGACAAUAAAACAAUAAUCCCAUCCUUACCUCCAAAUCCUAAUGCUUCAGAAUCCAGCCACGCUGUACCUGAGGGAAGUCGAGACUUCACGGUGCAGGGUCAAAGGAAGGACCUCAACACAAUAGUUCUGAAACUAAGAAUACCAGAUUCCACAGGUCAUAUUCGGAAUAUCCAUUUCCCGUUUGAUAUCGAUAUCGAAACUGCACUUGGUGUUGCUAGUGAAAUGGUCGAGCAGCUAGACCUGACUGAUCAAGAUGUAUCUGCUGUUGCUAAAAUGAUUGAAUCUGAAAUACGAUCUCAUAUUCCCGAUUGGGCACCCACAGAAAUUUCUCGAGACAAAGCCAAUAAUGAAGUUGCACUUUCUGAUAUCUCUGCCUCCAAUAACUAUGUUUCUCCCUCGAAAAAUGAAUUUCCCUCCCCUGUUGGUAAUCUUAAGCUGGAACGACUGCCCUCAGGUCGGAAGUACUGGUCCAACUCACCUAAAAAAGCUGGUGGAAACUAUCCAGAUAAUCCUGGCCCUUCGAACCUAUCUCUGGAAGGGUCAUUGACUCGAGAAAAUGAGAGGGGUUCAAAUAAUGCUGCCUCACUUGAACGGAUGGAGGAUGAGCACGUGGUUGAUGAAAAUUUGAAAAAGAAACAAGUUCGUGUAAAUGCUGAUUUACAAUUCGAUGAAAACAAUUCAGCCGAUCCCCACCAAUUGGGGUUGGUGGGGUAUAGUGAAACUGCAAAUGAUAUGGACUCCAAUGAUGUCAGAAUCAUCGCAGAGAAACUUGGGCAUUUGUUGGUUGAGCAGAAAAAGGAGAUGGACGAGUUAAAAAGGAGGAAUGAACUGGCUGUAUCGGAUCUCUUGAAGGAACUUCCUCCAGAAACUCGUCACAAAGUUGUAAGAAUGUGCAGCCGGAAGAUUGAUGACCACAAGUUCUGGUGUCAAAUGGGAUGCUGUACGGGAAAUCCUACUGAUUAGGAGUCUUUGUCGAAUAUGCAAGUGUUAAUAUUUCAGGUUUCUGACUCGGUUGCAGAAUCUAACUUGGAUUGCUCAUUGCUGUGUGAUAGUUACAAUGAUCAUACCAUAAAAGUUUGAAGAUACUUCAGAACCGCAGGUAUUAUCACUUUGUUGGGGGAGGUGGGAAGUAGAUUCAGUAACUGAAGAAUGUGUAUAUUGAUCUGUAAGUUAUGGCGCGAGGGAAAUGGUUUUGUGCUGUUGGAAAUCUGCUUUAGGAAAUAACCUUUGGUGGACACGCCAGAAUCGCUCUUUCUGAUAAGGUGGACAAUUACACGACGCCGUUGGGUGGGACAUUGGCCAAGUAGCAUGCAUGGAUUUCUAUGUUUAGCGAAUACCUAAUGCAACAUUUACAUGUCAUCUGUACAAAAGAUCAUAGUCCAUAUAUAUGAUUUAUUGGUGAUGGGAAGUAUACAUGUAUGUGUACAUAGCCGUAGUACGUGUAUUGGUGACAGUUAAGACUGAUUGCUUUGAAAUGCAUUUCCCUUGAUUAUGU